UCAUUAAAUGGUGGGCCAGGCCCAUUAAACAUAGCUGUAAGCAGCGCUGUGUGAGGAGCGGCCAGGUCCACAGCGCAACACUGUUUACACUACAAAUGCGGUUGAGUUACACCAUGUACAGUAAAAUGGGCCUGACUGCCAGUAACUCUAGUCACUUACCAACAAAAGCAUCAUUUCCUGAAAGCUCCUCCCCUCCUCCCUCCCUUUUCUCCCCUCCCCUAUACUCCCCUGCUCACUCACUCACUCACUCUCCAACCACCUUUCUGCACUCAAAUGAACUAGUCCACAAUCAUUAUUAGUGAGCCUUCUCUGCCAAUACCUGCCUGUCUCCCUGCGAAGCAGGGUAGCAUGUUUUAGACGUGCCCGUGUCUCUGUCUGCGAGAGAGCGUGUCUGCACCUGUGUGUGGUGGGGGCGCUGAGGCAGAUGUCUGCGGUGAGCCAGGGGGAAGCAGUCACAGGGCCAGUCAGGGUCCGGGAUGGGGUGCUAGCCCUCCAGCUGUGAGGUGAUCACCGGCGUUUUGGCUUCCUCAUGGAAGUGGCUGACGGAUUCAGGGAGUUGAGGUGAAGCAAGAGCUUAUGUUGUGUGUAUUUUCACCCGUGCCGUACCGUAGCGGUUGGACCCAUGUCUCUCAUGCAGCUCUGGACUAAAUUAUAUGCUCAGCUGGGACGCCCGCUUCCCAAGGACCUGUCCUGCAUUGAUGACCUCUCAAACUCUUUGUUCUCUUCUCCGGCGGACUCGCUGUCGGAGUACGCCGACAACCAGUCCUACAUCCCUGCCAAUCAUCCGGAUCCAGUUCCCACACUCUGGGACAUUAACACUAGCACCGCCACCACACAAGCACAGAGCCAUUUAGAGCAGAAUGGCGACAGGUUUCAAGGCUUGACCAGUUUGGAAGAUAUUUCUGCUAUAAUCAGCACGCAAGCUUUAGGACUCCAGACUCCAGUAACACAACCACCACCAGAGGAAGAAGAGGAAGCCGAGGAGGAGGAACCAGAGGAGCUCGGCCAUGUUGACACAUACGCAGAGUACAAACCCUCAAAAUCUACAAUAGGAAUUUCACAUCCUGACAUUGUCGUGGAAACCAACACGCUGUCCAGCGUCCCUCCUCCGGACAUCACAUACACUCUAUCUAUUCCGGACUCAACUAUUAACAGUGGCCUGCUGUCUGCGCUGCAGUUAGAGGCCAUUAUCUACGCCUGUCAGCAACACGAGGUGAUUCUCCAGAACAACCAGAGAGCAGGCUUCCUGAUUGGCGAUGGGGCAGGCGUUGGAAAGGGACGCACCGUGGCAGGAAUCAUUCUGGAGAACUACCUUAAGGGACGAAAGAAAGCACUGUGGUUCAGCAUAUCCAAUGACCUGAAAUACGACGCAGAGAGAGAUCUCAAAGACAUAGAUGCACCAAAUAUCCCGGUGCAUGCCUUAAACAAGAUAAAGUAUGGAGACACAGCUACCUCAGAAGGAGUCCUGUUUGCAACUUACUCUGCACUCAUCGGAGAGAGCCAGGCAGGAGGCCAGCACCGGACAAGAAUCAAACAGAUCUUGGACUGGUGCAAGCAGGACUUUGAUGGAGUUAUUAUUUUUGAUGAAUGCCACAAAGCCAAGAACGCCACAUCCACAAAAAUGGGCAAGGCAGUUCUUGACCUGCAGAACAAGCUGCCACACGCCAGAGUGGUGUACGCCAGUGCCACAGGUGCCUCUGAGCCAAAGAACAUGAUUUAUAUGAGCCGCCUGGGAAUCUGGGGCGAGGGCACACCCUUCAGGACCUUUGAUGACUUUCUGCAUGCCAUUGAGAAGAGAGGGGUUGGGGCUAUGGAGAUUGUGGCCAUGGACAUGAAAGUGAGCGGCAUGUAUAUUGCCAGACAGCUAAGCUUCUCUGGCGUUUCUUUCCGCAUCGAGGAGAUCGGCCUGGACAGCGACUUCAAAGAGGUCUACAACAAAGCUGCCAAGCUGUGGGCGGAGGCAUUGAAAAUGUUCAUGCAGGCAGCUGACGAGCUUGGGCUGGUCAGCAGGAAGUCCCUGUGGGGACAGUUCUGGUCAUCUCACCAGCGCUUCUUCAAAUACCUUUGUAUCGCUGCCAAGGUGCGCUGCCUGGUGGAGUUGGCUCAGAAGGAGCUGGAGGCUGGAAAGUGCAUCGUUAUUGGGCUGCAGUCCACUGGAGAAUCACGUACCAGAGAGGUCUUGGAUGAAAACGAUGGGCAUCUUGACAGAUUUGUUUCUGCAGCAGAGGGAGUAUUCCAGUCUCUUGUAACAAAGCACUUUCCUUCUGAGAAACAAAGGAGAGAGAAGGCACCAGGGAAUAAAAGAAAAAAAGGGAAGCCUCGAGGUCGCCAGGCAAAGAUGCCCAAGCACACAGUGGACAGCGGCGGUGUGAUCAACAUCUCUGACGACAGCAGCAGUGACUCUGAGGGGAUGGACACCGACUCCAACUCUUCGCCAGACUCCCUGCAAGACAACGAUGACGUCAUCUUUGUUAAUCACACUAGCCACCAGUCAGCUAGGAUAGAGGAGAUGAAGCACAGCCUGCUCAAUAAAAUUGCUGAACUGGGAAAAGAACUACCUCUCAACACAUUGGAUGUGCUCAUAGAUAGGUUUGGAGGACCAGAUAAAGUUUCUGAGAUGACUGGACGUAAAGGUCGCGUGGUGCGGCGUCCAGACGGCACCGUUCGCUACGAGUCCCGGGCCGAGCAAGGCUCCACCAUCGACCAAAUCAACAUCAAGGAGAAGGACCGCUUCAUGUAUGGAGAAAAGUUGGUGGCCAUCAUCUCAGAAGCAGCGAGCUCAGGGAUUUCAUUGCAGGCCGACAAACGAGUGAAGAACCAGAGGCGAAGGGUCCACAUGACCCUGGAGCUGCCGUGGAGUGCAGACCGGGCCAUCCAGCAGUUCGGUCGCACUCACCGGUCCAAUCAGGUCACAGCGCCAGAGUACAUCUUCCUCAUCUCAGAGUUGGCUGGGGAGAGACGUUUCGCAUCUAUUGUGGCCAAAAGACUUGAGAGCCUGGGUGCUUUGACACACGGUGACAGAAGAGCCACUGAAUCGAGGGACCUGAGCAAGUACAACUUUGAGAACAAGUAUGGUACCAAGGCCCUGGAUAAAAUCACCAAAUCAAUCAAUGGCUACAUAGAAAACAAGGUACCUCCUCCCAAAGGAUACCCUGAAGGCGAUGCCAUGUUCUUCAGAGACAUGAAAGUUGGAAUGAUGGACGUGGGCAUCAUCUGUAAGGAGCCUCGCCUCGGUAUCAGUACUGAGAAAGACUGCAGCAUCACCAAGUUCCUGAACCGCAUCCUGGGCCUGGAGGUCCACAAGCAGAACUACCUCUUCCAGUACUUCACAGAUAACUUCGACUACCUGAUUGAGAAGGACAAGAAGGAGGGAAAAUACGACAUGGGAAUCCUAGAUCUGGCCCCCGGCAAUGAUGAGAUUUAUGAGGAGAAGCAGGAAACUUUCCUAACAGUCGGAAAUCCUCAAGAUGGACAGGUUGUUCUUUAUAAGAUCAGCGUGGACAGAGGAAUGCCGUGGGAGGAAGCGUACAGCAGGUCACUGAAGCUCACCGGUCCUGAAGAGGGAUUCUACCUUUCCCAUAAGCUGCGAGGUAACAGCCCGUGUGUGCUGCUGGCCGAGCAGGGAAGAGGUAAAAACUUCAACAUCUACAAGCCCAACAUUGGCAAGCAGACCCAACCCGAGAGCCUCAGCAACCUGCAGCAACGUUACAGAAAGGUUACUUUCUCGGAGGCCAGGGAGAGCUGGGAGAACCAGUUUACCUUUUCCUUUAAGAACUGCAGCCACGCCAACUGGAAUGGGAAGUGUAAGAAAAUCGAGGAGGGCCAGGAGUGUCUGGCGGGGAUGCGUCUCCGCCAGUAUCACAUGCUGUGUGGAGCUUUGUUACGGGUGUGGAAGCGGGUCUCUGACGUUGUGUCCGACAUCACCAGCUCCAGCAUUCUGCAGAUCGUCCGCCUCAAAACCAAGCAGCACAACAAGCAAGUCGGCAUCAAGAUCCCAGAAAACUGCGUGGCGCGCGUGCGCGAGGAGCUGCUGCAGAUGGACGAAGAGGUGAAACGGAGGCGGAAAGAGAAGGAGCAGCAGGAACGCAUGCGCAAAAUGGAGCAGGAGAACAAGCACCUUCUGGAGAACCUGUUCAACCAGAAGCCCAUCCGAAACCAGUCGCUCGCCCAUAGUCUGGGGUCCAACCCGUUCCCCAAACAGAACCUGAAUGCUCUGCAGAGGACUCAGCCCAGCAGCUUCUCCCAGCCGUCCUCCCACAACCUGUCAUUGUUUCCUCUCAAUGGCUGGCCCAACAACUCCUCCUCCUCGUUGUCCUCUUCCUCCUCCGCCACCAACGGCCAGGUCUGCCAGCCCAGCCACAGAUUCCCCCCGUUCUACAACUCGUCGUCUUUCAUGUCGUUCCCUCAAUCCAAGAACCCGCCGCUCCAGCUCACCCAGUUCUCGCCGGCUCCCCAUCUGUCUUCCAAGAACCCCCUGGACGAAAUCUUGGACCUGACCGUGAGCCCGCCUUCUUCGUCUCCGGACAGCACCACGGCCAACCCGGCCGCGUUCGUGGAUGAUUUCAACCUGGACGUUCUCUUGGGCCAGACGCAGCUGCCCCAGCUUGACCUGCAGCACAUCCUGCAGCACACGUCAGAGUCGGCGGCGACGCCGUCCAGCCAGUUUGACCUGCAGGGGGCGCCGGGGCCGCAGCAGGACCAGCAGACGCAGGAGCAAAGCGACUUGUUGGUCAACAACCACCAGGACAUACUAGAGCUACUUUGCGCAGGCCUGCCUCCGCCCCCGCCUUCGCAGAAAGCCGUCUUGUCGUCUUCCGCCCUGUCCCACUAUCCCAAUCCGUCCUCCUCGUCCUCAUCAUCCUCCUCCUCGUCCUCGCUGUACUCCGGCGCGGCGCACUCCUCCUGCUUUCCGGCGAACUCGCUGCUGCCGCUCUCGGACCCUUUACCCAACGGCCAGUGCGGCGCGGGGGCGCUGGACGUCCGUGAGGCUCUGAACAGCAUGCUGCAAGCCGGACCCGACCGCAAGUCCGUCAUCCAGUACCGUCAGCAAGACUGAGAGCUCAAAUCGUUACAAACUGUCUGUCCUGUUUUUUUCUCUGGUGUUUUGGUUUUUGUGGUUUUUUUUUGUUUGUUUUUUUUAAGCAGAUCACAUCUUGUUUGCUGCUGUCUAGAACUUGUCCUACCCUCCUUCCUCUCCCCUGACCCUUUGACCCCUGACCCCCUCAGGGCCUAUAGUCACAUCACUGCCUGUCCUGUGCUGGACCCCUCCCCGCCCCCGGCCCCCUGAGGUGAUGGCAGACUCAGUCGAUAACAGAUUUCUGCACCAAAGUGUGCCCUACACAGUAAAAGGCAGCUGUUUUAAAAGUAAAAAAGAAAACAAAAAAAUAAAACACAGGAAGUAAAAAACUAUCCACCUUUCAGUGGAAAAAAAAAACCCAGGAGCUGUCAAGAAACACAAAACUUAUUCACUGAGGCAUGAAAAUAUUUUUUAAAAAACAAAAAACCCAACAAAUCCCGCUGCUGAUUUGUAACGAGUGAAGUUGCUGGAAGCUCUAAAAAUGCCUCUCACCAUUUACAACUUUUGCUUUUUCUGUUACUUUUCUGGGGGAAAAAAGGAGUAUGCUGGGUGAAACAAAACAACAAGAGAGAGUGAAAGAGAAAACAUAAAAUCUUUUAGCUGGUUAGCCACGAAAUGCCUCCGUUUUCUGUUAUUUCCUCCACAUCGUCCCUCCUGGUUCUCUCCCUGCUUCUAUGAACACUAGCGCGAGGAAGAAGAAGGGGAGGAAGAUCAGCCUGCUGUUGCGACAAACAGUGCCUUCAGAGAAAAACCUAUAAAUGCAGUCUUUAAUACUUCAUGUAGCCUAAUGUAUAGAUUUGUACUCUUGAGCGGUGGUUUUAUUCUUAAUUUAAUACACUUGUAUUUGUAUUUAACUUUGACCCCAUGAAUGAGUGAGUGAAUGAGUGCGUCAGUGAGUGAGUGAGUGAGUCGGCUGCCAUUUAGUCGAUCUUUGCUGGUGUAAAGUUGUCUGGUUUGCUGCUCUUGGGUUGGAAAUCAAAUCAGGGAAGGAUUUCAGGGUGUCGAGAGGUGAAGCGAGUGGACAGACUCCCACAUGACAGCUUGGCGAACACCUGGCUCGACGCUCGCAGGUUGUCAGGUCUCUGAAACGGAAAACACUACGCUCAGAGAAGCCCCGUCACGUUUUCGCGCCAGGACCGCCGCACCAGAUCGCAUCUCUUCUCUGUUGUCGCCCUCCUCCUCCUCAUUUCUUCAUCUUCAUCCGCCUCCUUCCUGUUCAGAAUCUCCGUCUUGUCUCGAUUUUUGUGGCACUCAUCCGAUGCAGAUUCUGUUUGAGUGUUUUUAAAUGUGUAAAAUACUGUUUGUCCUCUUGAAUUAGUUUCCCUCUGCAGGCAUGGGCUGGUAUGAGAUUCUCGUGUAAAAAUGACAAUGAAAUUUUCAAUUAAACAGAAAAGAAACGACUUCUAACUAAAACAUAGUCAAAUAUUUAUUUAUUCUUAUUGUAUGAAAUGAUUCUAUCGAUUAGAUUUAUGUGUUUAUCAGGUACCUUACAGCAACCUUGACAACUGUAGCCAGCUCAUGCCUCGUUUCAGACUCCAAACCCGGGGAAAAAAAACGCAGGAAGUCGCGUUUUUUGUUUUCUCAUUUUAUCCAUCAUCUUGGACAUAGGAAAACAGAAAGGUAGAGCAGCUGCGCUGUCCUUUUUCAGCUCUCAGCGUGUAUGAUGUCUCCUAAACCUGACAUCCGGUGAUAUUCGUGUGUGAAAACAAUGCACUGUAGCUGGUUCGUGACAAAUUGCCAGAAGUUCAACUUGUCGAUAAAGCAAUAACCAAUAGUUUUGAAAGGAAACAAAACAAAAAUAAAAUAAAAACGCCGAAAAGUUUACUCUCGCGCUGGCAAAGCUUUGAGGCUGUAGUCGUAGUCGUGGUUUGAGUCUUUUUUUCUCCGUCACGUUCGUUUUGUAAAGUACAUUUUGACUUGGUGAGCAUGACGAGUUCUGGGUCUUUCACUUACUGCUCUCCUGAAACCUAUUGUUAUUUAUAUUUAAGGGAUAUUUAGAUUUUACGUAUGUUAUCUUCUUAUAGUAAUCCGUGGUAUAUUUUGGUCAGGGAAGUCACUUUGUGUUCAAGAUUCCUUAAGAGUAAAACAAAUUUUUAUUAUAACCUGCCACCAAAUAAAAUGCACUGUUCUGUACUGCUGUACAGUGUCUGGGUUUAUUUUAGCUCCCGCUGUCCUCUCGACCCGUUCGUCCCAGAAAUACCAAAGUGUUCCACAGACAGACACCCCUAAAGAUACUGGCUCCAACAAGCGAGACCUUUUAUCAAUCUCAGGAAGAAACCCACCGUGUCAGGGCGUUCACACAAUUAUAUCGUUUUGUUUUUUCCCCUUGUAACAGUGAUGAAACUAAUGCUUCUGGGGUUUGUUUUGUUUGUUUCUUAACUCUGUGCUGUGACUCUUGCUGUAUUUAUGUUGGAGAUUUAAUGUGAUUAGUUUAUUUGUCCUUGUGAAGAUGUUAGUGAUUUUAAAUGUUUAUGCCAUCUUAGGGCAAAGAUCAAAGCCUCUUUCGUUUAAGAAAUUUUACCUUUUCUGCGGACAAUUUUAUUUUUAUUCUUUUUUUUUUCUAGCUUCAUUCACACCUGGGAUAUAUUUUAACACAGAAAUAACAGAUCUAAGAAUCUCGCACCUCGUUUCACAGAUGGUUAAAACUCAAAGCAAUUAUUUCUCUUUCUCGUAUUUCUCUUCAGGCACAUUCCAAGACGUCCGUCUGCAAAAGCUUUCUUUGUGUUUCCUUCGUUUUUUUUUUCCUUUGUUUGUUUGUCACAAAAGUUAAAGCUUUACGUGUUUGAGGGAUUUAUAGAUAUAUAAAUAUAUAUUUACAGCAAUUUUCUUAUUUUAUUUGCUUAGGUAGGCCUUUAAUCAUAUAUCAUUUUGCACUAAGAAUGGCAUAAUCCAGUUACUGUUUGUGUUGGCUAUGAUUGAGCAGUGCAAGCUUGGCGUCCCUGUUCUUUACACUUGUUCUCUGUAUACUGUAACCAUGUUUCUCGUUCCUUCACCAUUUGCAUAUUAUUAUAUAAAUGUUAUCACUCUGAAAUAAUUUAUUGCUAACGGAAAAAAAAUGACACAAAAACAUGCUACUGAUUGUAUGUAUUUUUAAACAAAGCCUAUUUUUUCUGUAAAAAAAAAUACGACAAAAACUGUGUUCAGCACUUUUAUUCUGGGUUUUGCUUUUGUUUUCUAUAUAUUUAUAAUUUAGAUCUAAAUGUAUAUAUUGUAAAAUUUGUGCCUUUCGACUAAUUCUUUAAGAAAAGGUUUUCUACUCAUUAAAGGAAGGACUAUAUGAAACUGCAAUCUUAACUUUGUAAACAAAUAAAACUUGAAGAUUGCUGAAGCGGA